AUGGCUGCAGCCGAGGGAUUGGCGUCCAGCCUUUCCGUUUCUGAAAGCCUAUCUCCCCUGGGGUUGGUCUGCGUGUGUGCCCCAGACAGACCUCUACAUUGUGCUGUGAGCAGAUCCGAUGACUGCCUUACUGAGCCGCUCUGCCUCCUGCACAGUCAGCCCAGUGUGUUCUCUGACCCCCAGAGGGACCCUGUGCUACAGAACGCUCAGCAGCCUCCCCACAAUCUGAGCCCUGUCUGCUCGCUGGGCUGGCCCCAGGGCUCUGCCAGCUCGCUUCCUGCAGCCACAGAAACUGAGAGGGCUGCUUCUUCUCAGCAUGGAGGAGAUACAAUAUUCAUUAUUCUUAGAAAACAGAAACUCAUCUUUCUGCAUUGGUACCACCAUAUCACUGUGCUUCUCUACUCUUGGUACUCUUACAAGGACAUGGUGGCCGGAGGCGGUUGGUUCAUGACGAUGAACUAUGGGGUGCACGCAGUGAUGUACUCCUACUACGCCUUGCGGGCGGCGGGCUUCCGGGUGUCCAGGAAGUUUGCUAUGUUCAUCACCCUGUCCCAGAUCACCCAGAUGUUGAUGGGUUGCGUAGUUAAUUACCUGGUCUUCUCCUGGAUGCAGCAGGACCAAUGCCACUCUCACGUUCAGAAUAUCAUCUGGUCUUCUCUCAUGUACCUCAGCUACUUUGUACUCUUCUGUCAUUUUUUCUUCGAAGCCUACAUUGGCAAAAUGAGGAAAACAAGGAAGGCUGAAUAGUGUUGGAACUGAGAAGGAAGCCAUUGCUCAGGGUCAUCAAGAAAAAAAAAUACAGACAAAAGAAAAUGGCACAAGGAAUCAUAUAUAUGGUGCAGCUAAAAAUAAUAAUAAUAAUAAUAAUAAUUAAAAACAAAACUUGGCAGCUUAGGGGUAACUAGGUUGAUCUAACCCAGUAAGUUUAUGAUCCUUUUAUGGUGAGGACUCACUGAGUUCAACUCCAUCUCAAAGGACUGCUGCUGAGAGACACUAUCCCUCUCGUACCUGUCGACUCUAGGGGAAAAAAAAUGAAAGAAAGAAAAGGCAAAUGAAGGUUAUUAACAAAUUUUAUGAAAAAAUUAUUUAAUAAGUGUUAUAUUUCCCUAAGGACAGAAGACUUUUACUAAAAACAAAACAAAACAACAAAAAAACCCCAACUUAUUUCUAUGUCCUUUCUAAUUUUUUUCGACACUAAACUCGAGCCAACAAGAAAAAAUCGGUGGAGGUUGCAGGGGUGUGCCGUAGAACCAGUGCUUUGGCAGAAUUGAAAGCCUUCCUUGGGAAAGGCUGGCAGGUUUAGGCCAAAUAAAAGAGGUAUCUAGAAGGUUUCUUAAAGUGGCCCGAGCCACAACUUGACGAGGAAGGGGAAAGCUUGAAUCUAGAAAUUGUAGGCAGCCCUUUGACUAGUGAGUAUGCAAAAACCAGCUGGGGGAUGAUCCUAUGACCCGGUUUUUAAAAUGAAUAAAACAUGACUGCCCAGUUUCAAACGAAAA